AAAAAAAAAAACCGCGCAUUCUACAAAAUUCUCCGCGAAAAAAACCGGACCUUUUUGUUCUUCGCCUCUUCUCUCACUGGAACUUUGGUAUUCGCCCAUUCAAUAUUAUUGGAUAUUUUCAGUAAAAAUGUCGGCAGAUUUAUUAUCUGAAAGGCCGUUGUUUGGUGGAGCAAUCUCAACUUCUUUUCCUCUUAGGUUUCAGGAUGUUAUUAACGUCAGACAAGUUCCCGAUCAUCAGGAGGUGUUUGUGCACCCUGCCCGUGAUGAGAGCUUAAUCUUUGAGUUACUAGAUUACAAGCAUGAAGUUGGUGAUGAUGGUAGCGCUGUCUGGUUUCUUCGAGAUCUCGCCAUUGAACAAGAGGGUGAAGGAUUCGCGUUGCUUGAGCAGUCAACAGUGGUCGAGGCUCCUGGGUUGUGCUACAAAAGCAUUCCAGCCAUUGUUACAACUGCAGUUGGCCAAAUGGUAUGAGUCAUUUAGAAGGGAUUUG